AUGACCACGACACCACCCCUCGCGACGGGUGCCAACCCUCCGAUUCCCGCCGAACAGCUCGCCGCACUUACAUCGCUGCUGUCGGGUCUCACCGCUGCCGCUUCCGGCACUGCCACACCCGCCACGACGUCCGGCACCACUCGCACUGCCUUUCCAAAGCACGCACGCUUGGAUGGUGCGAAGACCUUCGCGAACUGGACACGCCAACUUCGCCUGUGCCUAGCGGACGACAUCCGCUCGUACGUCCUCGACGGUAUCGCACCCGACGACUGGACACCUUCGCAACGCUCCGCUCGCGACGCCGUCGCUCGUGAGGUCCUUGCGAAUUCGAUUGACUCGGCCGAAGUCUCGGCAGUCCUCGACAAAAUCCCUACCGCCGACCUGACAGCGCCGACAAUCUACUCGACGCUGAAAUCGCGGUACGCCCCUGACGACGCCACCCGCACGCUCGAGCUCUUCUCACGACUCUGGGGUUUCCGUCCCAUGCCCGGCACGGUUGCCGAAUUCGACGGGUGGAUCAUGGACUUCAAAGCCGUUGCGCAAGAGAUCAUCGACACAAAGACAACUAUCAAUGAUGUUCUCGCCACACUCCUCCUUGCAAUCGCCCACCCGUCCCUCGAGAGCUUCAAGGCGUCGUUCACCGAUGAACAGCGCACGCAACGAACUCUCCCCGACAUUGAUUCGCUUGCCGACCGUAUGCGAGUCCAACUUCGGUCAACGAACAUCCCCAGCACUCAAUCGGCCCUUCUUGCCUCGUCGUCGUCACGUUCUACUCGUCUCAAGUGUCUCGCCUGUCGCAGCCCUUCGCACCGAGUCGCGGAGUGCCCUACGAGGGCGCAACACCCGCCGCCAGGACCCUGUCGCUCCUGCAAGAAGAAGGAUCACUGGUCUCUCGACUGCAAGAAGGCGCUCGAGGACGGCAAAAAGCCCGACACCGCUGACUCGACCGUCGACUCGCAACACCAUGUCGGAUGUCUCGCCACCGGUCUUCUCGCUCGUCGUCGCCAGCUUCGCAACCACUCUUUUGUCGUCGACUCGGGCGCCACUUCGCACAUGGUCUCGGACAAGUCGCUGUUCACGACCUAUCGCCAUAUCGCUCCUACGAAGAUUGGUGGUAUUGCAGGGGGCAUCAACGCCAUCGGAACGGGAAACAUCGCCUUCAUUGCCGCCUCGGGUCAUCCGAUCACGCUUACCGGCGUGCUGCACACUCCGGGCCUGUUUGUCAAUCUUCUCUCGGUCUCUCGACUUUGCGACACCGACGAUGUCCGUGUCGCCUUCACAAAACACGGCAUCCACAUUGACAAGGACGGCAACGACAUCGCUGAAGGCGCACGACUCGACGAAGGGCUCUACUUGCUGGACGCUGAUCAUUCCAAAUGUCAGCACCUUGCUCUCCUUUCUCGCUCACAGUCGUCCGUGCCCCUGCUGACUCUCCAUCGCUGCCUCGGCCAUCUCGCACCGUCCUCCAUACAGAAGAUGGUUGCCGCUGGUUUGCUGGAGGGUCUCAGGGCCGGAUAUAGUGACGAAGAGGUAGAGAAGUUUGUCUGCAAUGCUUGCCUCAGCGCAAAGGGCCAUCGUCUUCCCUUUCCCGAUUCGGAUUCGCACUCCUCAGAGAGACUCGGCCUUGUACACAGCGAUGUGCUUUCCUUCCCCGAGCGGUCCUUGACUGGCAAACGUUACCUGGUCACAUUCCUUGACGAUUACUCGCGCAAACUCUGGGCCUACGCAAUCGGACACAAAAGCGAAGUCUUCGGCAUAUUCAAAACUUGGCUAGCCGAGGUUGAACUCGAGACGGGUGCGACGCUGAAGGUCCUCCGAACCGACAACGGUGGCGAAUACUGUUCGAGAGCGUUCACAGAGUUCUGCAAGACACGAGGCACCCGUCGACAAUACUCUAUCCCACGCACGCCUCAACAGAACGGUCGUGCAGAGCGGGUCAAUCGUUCCAUUGUCGAAGGCGUCCUUGCCCUCCUUGUCGACGCCCACCUACCCAAGACAUUCUGGGAGGAGGCUGCAGCUUAUUUCGUUUACUGCAAGAACCUGUGUCAACACGCGGCCCUGGACAAGGCAACACCAAACUCCGUCUGGCAGGGUGACCACACCACUGCCUCGGCGCUUCACCCGUUCGGCUGUACAGCUUGGCUUACGGUCGCGCCCGAACUUCGCUCCAAACUCGACCCGAAGGCGGUUCGCGUUUUUUUCACCGGCUACGACCUGGCUUCAAAAGCCUUUCGCUUCUACGACACUACAACACAGAAGAUUAUACUUGGCAGAAAUGCCACGUUCCUCGACACUGAAUUCCCCGGAUUACAUGGCGACCCCACUGAGCAAGACGGCGACACGCACUUCGCCAGCGCUCCCACCACCGAAUCUCAAACCGUUGUCAAGACAUGGACCCCACUAGUAAGGUCGGCGCACAUGGACGUCUCAUCCCCCCUUGAUGAUUCUGCCAUGAGCGCCGUUGACGUGGCCCCAGGGUACACUGGCGGAACCUUACUUAACUUCACAGAUGCCGAAUCGUCCUCGUCACCGUCGCCUGCGUCGCCCUCAUCACCGUCGUCUGCGCCAUCGCCUGCACUUUCACCAUCGUCGGCUGCGUCAUCGUCACCCUCGGCCUUACCGACCGACUCUGAAGACUCCGCCGAUCCCCUCGACCUCCUCGGCUCACAGCCCCAGGUUCGCCUCGAUCUACAGGACGUGCACCACCCAGACUUCAGCACGUACCGCGAGCCCGCAUCGGCUGAGGAGUCGCCCGACGAACUCGACCUCAUUGGGCGCCACUCUCGCGACGAAUCUCCGGACGAAAUCGAUUUCCUCACCCGACACCACCGCGCCUUCAUCGCCAUCGACGACGACACCUCUGACACAGAGGCAAUUCAGCCAGUCAAGUCCAUCACGAGCGACCCACAGACCUGGCGCGAGGCGAUGUCUAGCGACAAGCGUGAAGUAUGGGCCAAAGCCGCCACCGACGAGUUCACCUCCAUGCGCGACGACUUCAAGGUCUUCACCAUCGAGGACCGAGCCACGGUGCCCGCGGGUGCGACUAUCGUUACAUCCAAGUUCGUCUGGAAAACGAAACGGAACGCACUCGGCGAAGUCACUGGACACAAGGCAAGGCUGGUCGCGCAAGGCAAUCGGCAACGCGACGGCAUCGACUUCAACGAAACGUUCGCACCGGUCGCACGCUUCUCCUCGAUACGCUCACUCCUCGCGCUGGCGGCCGCCAACGGCUUGCACGUGCACCAGGCGGACAUCGACAAAGCAUAUCUGCAUGGCGACCUUGACCACGACAUCUGGAUGACGGCACCGCGCGGCUUCGACCUUCCCAGCGACAAGGUGCUUCGCCUGCGACGCUCCAUCUACGGGCUCAAACAGGCUGGCCGAAUCUGGAAUCGACACAUCGACGCUUCGCUUCGGGCCCUCGGUUACACGGCGACGGGCACCGACCACUGCGUAUACUCUUGGCUCGAUGAUCGUCAAUGUCCACACUACAUCGCACUGUACGUCGACGACCUCCUGAUGAUCAGCCCGGAACUGGCCGAAAUCGAACGUGUCAUCUCAGGCCUGGACCAACGCUACGGAGUCAAGCGCCUCGGCCCGGCCGAGUAUAUCCUCGGCAUCCAGAUCAGGCGGUUCGACGACGGCUCUAUCGCCCUAUCCCAGGAACGGUACAUCAUGGACGUGCUCGCUCGGUUCCACUUCGACACCACGACUCGCGGCACUACAGUUCCGAUGACUCCCGGCCUUUCGCUCACUGCUAUCCCGGGUCAAGGCACCGAACGGAUCAGGUCAUGGUAUCUGCAGGCUAUCGGCUCGCUCCUCUACAUUUCGCUCGGUACCCGCCCUGACAUCGCCUUCGCCGUGUCCUACCUGGCCCGCUUCGCCAACAACCCCGGUCGUCGUCAUUGGAUUGCGGUCAAGCACAUCCUACGCUAUCUCCGGGCCACGUAUCGCAACGAACUCGUGUAUGCUCGCGGCCAGGCUCGCAUCACGGGUGUGGUAGGCUACUCCGACGCGAACUGGGGGGCCUGCAUCGACACAUCGGUGUCCACCAUGGGCUACGUCUUCUACAUCGCUGGCUCGGCCGUGUCCUGGUCGUCCAAACGCCAGUCUCGAGUUGCCGAUUCGACCACCGACGCUGAAUACCUCGCCCUCUCGCAUGCUGGCAAGGAAGGGAUUUACCUCAGUCAGCUGCUCGAAGAGCUCCAUGUACAACCUGUUGCACCGGCUCACAUCUUUACUGACAACGAAGCCGCUGCUGCAGUUGCUCACGAUCCUGUCCGCGUCUCUGGCACUCGGCACAUACGCUUGCGUGAGCACUUCGUUCGGGACAUGGUGAAUCGGGGCGACAUCUCUCUCUCGCAUGUGGGUACCAGCGACAUGGUGGCCGACAUCUUCACCAAGGCUCUCGGCCCAAAGGUCUUCUCAACGCACUGCUACGCCCUCGGCCUUCGCACUCGACACCCGCGGCUUGGGUCUGCCUCGCAUUCGCGUGGGGGGGGGUGUGAAGAGUCCACUCUCAGCUCGACAGGGGCGCCUCGGUCGUUGCGCGCACUUGCUAGCCCGCCCCCGGCGGUGGGGACUUAGACGCGCGCGACUGCCUCAGCGCGCCAGCGCCGGCGGAUUCAUGCGCGCGCCCGCUAGCCCGCCCCCUUGCGGUGGGGACUUAGGCGCGCCGGCGAUUUCACCCGCGGCUGACUUAGGGAUGUACAUUGUCACGCGCCUGGGACUAUCCCAGCGUGGCCCCCCCCUUUCUGUUUCUUAGCUUCCUUCUCAUCACUUCUGUUCGACUCUCAACCUCUCCUGACAGUAGUGGUGAACGUCUCAUAGGUACGCUGAAAUAGAUCACUUCUGUUCGACUCUCAACCUCUCCUGACAGUAGUGGUGAACGUCUCAUAUGUUGAACUUCGCUCCAUCUCACUUCUAGGACAAUAUGCGCUCACUGAAGUAGAGGUGCCUCGCCUUUUGGUGCAGUGGUAUAUUGUUCCUUCAUAG